CGGAGCGUCACAAGCGCCGGUGUGGUGUCCGUCCUCCAGCCAGAGUGAAAGUUGUCUCCGCUCGGUAAAAGCGGGGCUUCGGGGACUCGCUGCUUCGCCGCCGCUGCUUCACACGCUUCCUCCCGGAGACAUGAGGCGGAAGGAGAAGAGGCUGCUGCAGUUCGCCGGGCUGCUCAUAGCGGCUCUCCUGUUCCUCCCCAACGUCGGGCUGUGGUCUUUGUACCGGGACCGAGUGUUCGACAACUCGCCCGACACCGCGGACGGACCGGGCGUCAUCCUCCCCAUACAGGGGAUGAACCGAGCGGGGAAGGACGCCCAGGUGGGACGUGAUGGCGUCCGGAGGAAAGACUGGCACGACUAUGAGGCGAUCAAAAGAGACGCAUCUCGAGCUGGUAACGGCGAGCAGGGGAAGCCGUUUCCUCUGACGGACGCCGACAGAGUCGAUCAGGCCUACAGAGAGAACGGAUUCAACAUCUACGUCAGUGACCGGAUCUCCCUGAACCGCUCGGUGCCUGACAUCCGCCAUCCGAACUGUAAACAGAAGCUCUACUCGGAGAAGUUGCCCAACACCAGCAUCAUCAUCCCGUUUCAUAAUGAGGGCUGGUCGUCUCUGCUGAGGACCGUCCACAGUGUACUCAACCGCUCCCCUCCACAGCUCAUCGCAGAGAUCAUCCUGGUGGACGACUUCAGCGACAAAGAACACCUGAAGGUGGCGCUGGAGGAGUACAUGGUCCGGAUGCCCAAGGUUCGAAUCCUGAGGACGAAGAAGAGGGAGGGUCUGAUCCGGACUCGUCUGCUCGGGGCUGGAGCCGCCAAAGGAGAGGUCAUCACCUUCCUGGACUCCCACUGCGAGGCCAAUGUCAACUGGCUGCCCCCGCUGCUCGAUCGAAUCGCCCAGAACAGGAAGACCAUUGUGUGUCCGAUGAUCGACGUCAUCGACCACGACAACUUCGGCUACGAGACACAGGCGGGUGACGCCAUGCGGGGAGCGUUCGACUGGGAAAUGUACUACAAACGCAUCCCUAUCCCCGCAGAGCUGCAGAAAGACGACUCCAGCGAACCUUUUGAGUCUCCAGUGAUGGCCGGUGGACUGUUCGCUGUGGACAGGAAGUGGUUCUGGGAGCUGGGAGGUUAUGACACGGGGCUGGAGAUCUGGGGAGGAGAGCAGUACGAGAUCUCAUUUAAGGUGUGGAUGUGCGGAGGUCGGAUGGAGGACAUCCCCUGUUCCAGAGUUGGACACAUCUACAGGAAGUACGUCCCCUACAAAGUUCCUGGUGGAGUCAGUUUAGCCCGGAACCUGAAGCGAGUAGCCGAGGUGUGGAUGGACGAGUACGCGGAGUACAUCUACCAGCGUCGGCCCGAGUACCGCCACCUGUCGGCCGGAGACAUGACGGCGCAGAAGGAGCUGAGGAGUCGACUGAACUGUAAGAACUUCAAAUGGUUCAUGAGUGAAGUGGCGUGGGAUCUGCCCAAACACUACCCCCCCGUGGAGCCUCCUGCCGCCGCCUGGGGAGAGAUCCGAAACGUGGGCAGUGGUAUGUGCGUGGAAAGCAAACACUUUGUGUCGGGCAGUCCGAUCCGUCUGGAGAGUUGUGUGAAGGGUCGAGGCGAGGCGGGCUGGAGCCACGGACAGGUGUUCACGUUUGGAUGGAGAGAGGACAUUCGAGUGGGCGACCCCAUGCACACCAAGAAAGUCUGCUUCGAUGCCAUUUCCCACAACAGCCCCGUCACUCUGUACGACUGCCACGGCAUGAAGGGAAACCAGCUGUGGAGAUACAGGAAGGAUAAGAGUCUGUACCAUCCCAUCAGUAACAGCUGCAUCGACAGCAAUCCGAGCGAACGGCGCGUCUUCAUGAACACGUGCGACCCUUCGUCUCCCAGUCAGCAGUGGCAAUUCGAGAGGACCAACGCCACCGUGUUGGACCACUUCAACCGCAACAACUGAAGGAACUGGGAGUGAGACGAGGACACGCUGCCGAGGAAUGGGCUUUGACUUUGAGGUCGUUCUGGUUCCUGUUUACGACACAGAGGACGGCGGCGGGACGGGGGUGGGAGGGGUGGAGGGUUUAUCUGACUCUUUGAUUCUUGGCGUUGAUUGGUUCUCUGACAUUCCUCUUCCUGUCCUCGUGUCCCGGGUCCGUCCCCUCGUCCCGUCUGUCCUGCCCAGCCUCCGUCUUCACGUCCGUCUCCAUCUGCCUGUAUGACUGCGCCUCCACCCCUCACAUCAUGUGUCUCAGCUCUGACAUACUCCCUGGGGGUGGAGGGGUGGGGGGGAGUGGGCUCCUGCUGAGCCAAAGUCAUCCUGACAACUGGGUGAAGUCAGGCAGAACCACUCAGAAAAUCACCUGGCGAAUUGAUUCUCCUUUCCAACCCUCAUCCACCUCCGUCUGUUCCUGAUAAUGUAGCCGCUGGAACCUGAACCUUUCACCCCACCCCCACCCCCACCCCAUUUCUUUUCCUCGAAAGUACGCUUUUUCUCGCCGCCCCCCUCCCCGUCAGUCGGUCACCGGUUUGACCUCAUCACAGGCGGCCACGCUCGUGGGUCACGCAGCCAAGUGUGGCGGCGCUCAGGACCGCACGCCGCCGUCUCGAUCGCUCGCCUCCGCCGGAUGACUCGGUGACUGGCAGUACGGCUGAUUCACAGCGGGGCCGCCUGAUUGGCCGGCUGCCGAGCUGACACAUCACUUUAGCGUACGCUGUGAGCAGGACAAACGACUCCGGACCAGGGAGAGGUAAGAACGAGGAGGGGGUUUAAACGCAUAAAGCACUUGUGUAACGAUAAACUUGAAUGAAAUUUUAGUGCCUUGUUAAAAGACAGACGUGUGUUCAACAGAUGCCAGUGGUGGAAAAUAUCCAGAGCAGCGUCGAUUCCAAGUGUCCGAGUCGGAUUUAGGGCCGGGCGACAUAUUCUGUGUAUUUGACUUUACAUCAUUCAUAAUGUGUGUGUUCUGUUCAAAAUGUGUAAGGCACGAGCACUUACAUGAAAACAGACGGAUCUAAACCGGAUGUAAAAGCAGGGUUUCCUUCCAAAUUUAAGAACAUGAAACUGAAAAAACAUGCAACAGUUAAGUCAAUAUUUAAAAAGUAAAAAGGUGUUUUAUGCCUCAAACUGAGGGAGAUUUCAGAAGGAGAAUGUAGCAUUAAACGGGGAAAUUAACAUUAGUUUAUUUACCCAAUCAGCCUCAUUCGAUCACCUGUAUCAUAUCAUAUCCCCUUUACAUUAACAUUUAAUAGCAGCCGUUUCACUCCAAUGAAAUGGUAUAAGGUUAAAAUAUAUGAUGGAACACGUCAGUACAAAUGUAAUGAAGAACUGUAUUGAGUUACAUGUCAAUAAAAUUUUCCCAGUGAUUAAGCUCAGUCACGUACAGUCACAGAAAAAAUUAUUAGACCAUCAAAAGUCAUCAGAAACAAUGGUUAUGCAAUCAAGUACGAACUCCUGUGUAUA